CUGGGGUGGGGGCUUGGGCGAGGCCGGGGCGCCAGGGCUGGAGGCCGCAGGGCGCUGGGCGGCGCGGGCCUGACGCUGCGGUCUCGCUUGCAGGCCCGCUCCCUGCCCGGGCCGAGCGCGGCGGCCGGGGAAGGAGCCAUGGAGCCCGGCGGCGGGCGGAAGGAGAAGCCCAAGCCCAAGGAGCCCGGCAGCCGCCUGGAGAAGGCCAAGCAGAAAUCCGCGCAGCAGGAGCUGAAGCAGAGGCAGAGAGCAGAGAUCUAUGCCCUGAACAGAGUGAUGACAGAGCUUGAACAGCAGCAGUUCGAUGCCUUCUGCAAGCAGAUGCAGCCCUCUGGAGAAUGAGACCCUCUGUCUGCCAUCCCAGGAUUGCCAGGGUCAUUUUAGACCAGGAAACAACAUGGAUGAGUGGUGGUCAGGGCUCAGUGUCCCCAGGCAUCUUUGUGCUGACCAUGGGGAAUAAUAAAAGGAUCAUACAGAACUGCACGCUUGCAGAUAUAGAGGGGGUAGGAUCACUUGUACGGCAUGAACCUUGUUCCACCUGCCCUUCAUUGUAACUGCCUCUGACCCAUUGUCUGGAGUUUUCCCACAGCAGUGCAGAAUUCUCUGGUUCAUCCUUGUUAAGAUGGCAUAUUUUUCAUUUUUUUUAAACACUGUCCUCCUUAAAGGUAUUUAUUACUUUGGUUUGACAAAUAAACAUUUUUUUAAAUAGAAA